AUUCACCCUCUCAGUGGGUCUUGGUUCACACAGGGCAGCACUCUCUCUUUCUCGCAAGCACACACACCCACACUCAUCUGCAAAGAAGCAAAUCUCUUCCACAAGUAGGACGGGAUAUAAGUCAAUAUUUGAAUAGACUUUGCAGAAAAGGAAGGAAGGAAAGAAGAAGUUGAGAGAGAAGAGAGAGAGAGAGAGAGGUAGUGAGUUGUUCUCGUGUGUCCUGGGAUUACAAAGAUCCCUGGGAGCUUGGACUUUGGGAGCGAAAGAGAAGACGAGGAUUCUCUCUCUCCACUCAGGUGGAUAUUAAUUUGACGGCCAGACAAGGAGCGAAGGCAAAAAGAAAGGAUUAACCGGUUGUCUUUCAAAAACAUUGUUGGAUAUCCAGACUUUGGAAUCGGGAAACAUUUCAUGAAGAGGGGGGAGAUGGGGAGAUGGACAGCACAUCUCUCGGUGGGGGUUGUGCUUCUCACAAUCUUCUUCAACACCUGCUACGCAAAGACAGGUAACCACUGCCUGGCUACCAGGGCCAGCACCUGCUCAGCUUGUAUCCAGGCAGGAAAUGGCUGUGCCUACUGUCCAGAUGAGAUCUUUGAAGGACAACGCUGUAACCUUCUGGAAAGCCUGGUGGCCCAAGGAUGUGUUCAGACGGUGACAGCUUAUAGCUCCAUGGAGACAGAGAAAAACGAGCAGAUCAACGUGGAGCUGAAGCAGUCCCAGGUGGCCCCCCAGAUGAUUUCCAUGUCCCUGCUGCCCGGAGAGGAGAGGCUGGUGGACCUGGAGGUGUUCGAGCCCACCAAGGGUCCUCUGGAUCUUUACAUCCUCAUGGACUUCUCCAACUCCAUGUCUGACGAUCUGGCCAACCUCAAGAAGAUGGGCACCAAGCUGGCUGAUCUGGUGAAGACGCUGUCAGAUGACUACACCAUCGGCUUCGGCAAGUUUGUAGACAAGGUGGUGGAGCCACAGACGGACAUGAGACCAGCGAAACUUCUGCAGCCCUGGCCGGACAGCGACCCUCCCUUCUCCUUCCAGCACAGUAUCACCCUGACCAGUGACCUGGCCACCUUCACCGAGAAGCUGCAGAAGGAGAAGAUAUCUGGCAACCAGGACGCCCCAGAGGGGGGUUUUGAUGCCAUACUGCAGACUGCCGUCUGUAAGGACCAGAUCGGCUGGCGUAACCACAGCACCCACCUCCUGGUGUUCUCCACAGAGUCGGCGUUCCACUACGAGGCCGACGGCGCCAACGUCCUGUCGGGCAUCCUGCCGCGUAACGACGAGCUGUGCCACCUGGACGCGGAGGGCAAGUACACGGAGGACACCCGGCAGGACUACCCCUCCGUCCCCACGCUGGUCCGUCUGCUGGUCAAGCACAACAUCAUCCCUAUCUUCACCAUCACCAACCACUCCUACUCCUAUUACGAGAAGCUACAUGAAUACUUCCCCAUUGCUGAGCUGGGAGAGCUGGAAGAUGAUUCUGUCAACAUCCUCAACAUCCUGGAUAAAGCCUUCCAGAGUAUUCGCUCUAAGAUGAGUAUCCGGGCAGAAGACACGCCCAAGGCGUUUGCCACUCAGUUGUUAACGUCCACUGGCAUGUUGACACAGGCUGGAACCUUCAAAGUCAAGCCUGGAGAAAUAGGCAAGUUCAAGGUGCGUGUGAAGGCUGAGGAGAAGGUAGGGGAGAUGCAUGUGUGUGAGAAGCAGGUGGGCAAGCAGGACAAGGAGGGCGUGAUUAGGGUCAAACCUAGCACCUUCAGCACCGCGCUCAACAUCAAGGCUUCCAUACAGUGUCCUACCUGCCCUUGUGAGAAGACUCACUCCCCCAAGGCGGUGAGAUGCCAUGGCAACGGUGACCUGGUCUGUGGGAAGUGCAAGUGCUACAAUGGCUGGCUGGGUCCGUUCUGUAACUGUUCGGCCAGCGAGUCGGCCAUCGGGGGGGCGUGUCUGGCGCCCGGGGUGACGGAGUCGUGUUCGGGGCGGGGAGACUGUCUGUGUGGGACCUGCAUCUGCUACAACCCAGAGCAGUAUGAAGGAGCCUUCUGCCAGUACGACCGCUCCCAGUGCCAUAGAUUUGGAGGCUUCCUCUGCAACGACCGAGGGAAGUGUUACAUGGGGGAGUGUGCGUGUGAGAAAGGAUGGGAGGGGCCUGGCUGUGAAUGUCCACUCAGCAACCAGACCUGCGUCGACAGCAAAGGGGGUAUGUGUAACGGGCGCGGGGUGUGCAAGUGCGGCCGGUGUGAGUGCCAGGACUCGGGGCUGCCCCUCAGCUCCACCUGCGAGGCCAGCUUCCAGGCCCAGCUGGGCACGUGCGAGGCCAAGCGCAGCUGCGUGCAGUGUCAGGCCUGGAAGACAGGCGAGAGGAAGGCCAAGGACAAGUGCGACGAGUGCACCUUCAAGGUCGUCAUGGUGGACGAGCUGAAGCAACAGGAGGACGUGAUCGACGUGUGUAGUUUCCGUGACGAGGACGAUGACUGCACGUACGAGUACACAAUAGACUACCCAGCGGACCCCAGCUCCAAGGAGCUGGAGGUGCAGGUCCUGAAGAAGAAAGACUGUCCCCCGGCUGGCUUCCUGUGGCUGAUCCCUCUCAUCAUGUUCCUCAUGCUGCUGCUGGGGUUGCUGCUGCUCUGCUGCUGGAAGUACUGCGCCUGCUGCAAGGGUUGUCUGGCUCUACUGCCAUGCUGUGGGAGAGGUCGCAUGGUGGGCUUUAAGGAGGAUCAGUACCUGCUCCGCCAAUCACUGCUCACCUCAGACCACCUGGACACGCCCCUAGUGCGCACAGGCCCGCCCAAGAGCACGGACGUGGUUCGCUGGAAGGUCGCCGACAACGUCCACCGAGAAGCCAAUCACCCGCUGGCGCAGGUCCAGCCCAACCCCAAAGAGACCAUUGCGUUCCCUCUCUCUCUCCGUCUCAACAGGUUAUUCACAGACAGUUUGUCCCGCCCCGAGGCCAGGGACACAGAGGCGCUGCGCAGGGAGGUGGACAACAACCUAAAUGAAGUCUACAAGCAGAUUCCUGGAGCACAGAAAGUUCAGAAGACCAACUUCAGAUUACAAAGAAAUGCUGGCAAAAGACCGAAUCACACCAUAGUGGACACAGUGCUGUCGGCUCCUCGCUCUGCCUACCCUGACAUCGUCAAGCUCACACAGAAGAACGUCCAGUCUGGAAACUUCCAAGACCUCAAAGUGGUGCCUGGCUACUACACUGUGGCCACAGACAGAGAGGCGGCGGGGGCGGUGGAGCUGCAAGAGGGGGUGGAGUCUGUGGACGUGCACGUUCCGCUCUUCAUCAAGGACGAGGAUGAGGAGAAGAAACAGCUGAGGGUGGAGGCGGUGGACGUCCCUCUGGGCAUCGCCGAGGUCGGCAAGCGCUUCGUCAACAUCACCGUCAUCAAGGAGCACGCCAAGAGUGUGCUGUCCUUUCUGCAGCCGGCCUACAGCUACAGCAGGCAGGAGGGCGUGGUCAACAUCCCGGUCAACAGGGACAUCCUGGAGGACGGACGCACCCAGGUCACCUACCGCUCCCACGACGUCACCGCCAAGGAGCAGAGGGACUACGUGCCGGUGGAUGGGGAUCUCUCCUAUGGGCCGGGCGAGACCCAGAAGAUGGUUCCGGUGCGUCUGUUGGAGCUGUCCGAGGGAGACAGUCUCCUAGGCGACCCACAGCAGCUCAAGCAGUUUGUCAUGGACCUUAGCAACCCUCGCCAAGGCGCCAAGCUGGGACGCUACCCACGCACCACUGUCACCAUCACCGACCAGCCAGAGCCCAGCGUGGUGAUGUUCAAGAAGGGCACCCAGACGUUCACGACCUCCGACCCCCAGUACAGCAUCCCCGUGGUCCGCACACGCAACCAGGAAGGCCCUGCCACCGUGCACUGGCGUUCCAAGAACGCCCAGCGCUUCCAGCUGUCCAGCCCGCUGCGCUUCGGCCCGGGGGAGACGGAGAAGAGCAUCGUGAUCGACCCGCGGCCCCACCCAGGCCCCGUCCAGCCCGAGGCCUUCCAGCUGGAGCUGUUCGACCCCGGCAGCAACGCUGUGAUCGGGGAGAGGAAGACCACGCUGGUGACCGUCACUGAUGGGGGUUCCAAGGCUCCAGAGAUGACCAUGGCCAACAUGCAGCAGCAAGCUAACAUCAACACGCUAGCCUCCCCCGGGGGCCGUCUCCUGCCCCCCGCCAACGUCGAGGCCGCUGCCACCGGCCCCAAGAACAUCCACCUCAACUGGGCCCCCAGCGCCGGCGCCCUGGGGUACAAGGUGAGGUACUGGAUCUACGGUGACCGCGAGGAUGAAGCCCAGGUGCUGGACGUGAAGACAAACCAGGCGGAGCUGACCGGCCUGUACCCCUUCUGCGACUACGAGACGCGCGUGUGCGCCUACAACUCCAUGGGGGAUGGCCACUUUAGCAACAUGGUGCCCUGCCAGACCCUGGAGGAUGUCCCCAGUGAACCAGGUCGACUGGCCUUCAACGUCAUCAGCCCAACCGUCACUCAGGUGAGCUGGGGGGAGCCCGCCGAGACCAACGGCGUCAUCACAGCCUACGAGGUCAUCUACACACCCAUCGACGACCACAGGAAGGCGGCAGGAGCAGCAAAGAAGAUCAAGAUUGACAACCCUAAGAAGCGCAUGCUGCUGAUUGAGAACCUGCAGAGUGCCCAGACGUACUGCUACAAGGUCCGGGCCCAGAACAGCAUCGGCUGGGGCCCCUACAGGGACGCCACCAUCAACCUGGCCUCCCAGCCCACCAGACCCCUCUCCAUCCCCAUCAUCCCAGACAUCCCCAUCAUCGACGCGGAGGCGGGAGACGAGUACGACGGCUUCCUCAUGUACAGCAGCGAGGUCCUCAAGACUCCCACAGGCUCCAAGCAGCCCAGCGUCACCGACGAAGACCCGAUGAUGAACGGGAAGUGGGACCAGAGCUUCCUGUUUCCGGGGGGAGCAGGAUCCGGAUCCGUGUCGCACAUGUCCACGUCCAGCUACGGACAGCAUUCCCCCUACUCCACCCUGAGCACCGGCUCUAACCACCGAGCUGGGGCAGGUGGGGUUAUGAACCUGGGCGGCACCUCCACCUCCACCUCCACCACCUACAUGUCUGGACAAGGAGGAACAACCUACGGCAGACAGGAGAUGAUGAUUGGAGGAGGCACACGCACGCAGGAAGUUGUCAUGAGGAAACGGUCGGAGAACAGAGGUUACUAUGACGAGAACAUCAGGGAUUCCAUCGUCAUGGGAGACAUGCCCAGUGGAUUCAACGACAGCCAUGCGCUCCCAGGUAGCUUUGGCUACAGUGUCUCUCAGAGCCAGUACGGCUUCAGCCUGGCCCAGGGCUCGCGGGCCAGGACCCAGUCUGAGGACAUCAACGAUGCCCUUCUCAACCUGGACAGGGUUAUCCAGGACUCCAGGAUGACCCCAGGGGUACCCGAGACGCCCACCAGGCUGGUGUUCUCCGCCCUGGGCCCCACGGCCCUCAAGGUCAGCUGGCAGGAGCCCCACUGUGAGAGGGAUGUCCUGGGAUACUGUGUUCUCUACCAGCUCCUCAACGGAGGUGAGAUGGAACGGAUCGAGGUGCCUAACCCCUCGGAGAACUCUGUGGUGGUGCAGGACCUGCUGCCCAACCAGUCCUACCUGUUCAAGGUGAAGGCCCAGAGCCAGGUGGGCUGGGGCCCGGAGAGGGAGGGCGUCAUCACCAUCGAGUCUGCCGUGGACCCCAGGAGCCCCCUCAGCCCCAUGCCAGGCUCUCCCUUCACCCUGAGCACCCCCAGCGCUCCAGGCCCCCUGGUCUUCACAGCUCUGAGUCCGGAGGCGCUGCAGCUGAGCUGGGACAAGCCUCGCAAGCCCAACGGAGACAUCCUGGGCUACGUGGUCACCUGUGAGCAGCUGCACGGUGGAGGUGAGGUGCGGACCUUCCAGGUGAGCGGAGACAGCUCUGAGACCAGCCUGACUGUUCCGGACCUGAGUGAGAACAUGCCCUACAAGUUCAAGGUUCAGGCCCGGACCACGCAGGGCUUUGGGCCGGAGAGAGAGGGCAUCAUCACCAUCGAGUCUCAGGAUGGAGGCACCAUGUCUCAAUACAGUGGCCAGGGCAUGCACAGCACCAUGAGGGAGGUGUUCCAGAUGCCCACGGAGGUCAGCACGCGGACCAAUGUCUCCCACAGCUCCUUCAACGAGCCCUACUUCUCCACAGAUGGUAUGACGAUGACGUCCCAGCUCACAGAGACCAGCGGCAUGAUGACGCGUCACAUGACCAAGGAGGUGGUCCAGCGCAGCAUGGUGUCUGGCUCCAGCGUCACCAAGAAGGUGGAGCGCUUCUACGAGGCCUGAGGUCACAGGUCACAUCCAAGAUGGCCGCCGCAACACCCUUACAUGGAUGGAGGGAGGGAUCCUACGAGUGGAUGGUGCGUCAUUGUUAUGAGUCGGAGAAUGGAUGGUUAAGUGUGUGCGUGCGUGUGUGUGUUCCACACAAGCUUGUGUUUGUUUGUGCAUGCAAGGAAAUAUUUUUUCAGCUCCUUAGUGUUAAAACAAGUAAACAAGUUGUUCAGGUCCUCCCUCCUAAAAGUCUGUUACAUAGUGUCCACUGCCCUGUCUUCAGUCACGGGAAUCAUUUACAUCUUAGCAUUCUUCUGUUCCUCAAGAACUGGCUUCUUUGGUAUCAAUUCGUACACGCAUGCAAAAAACUACUCCCUUGUAUAGCAUAAUAUAUUUUUAUUGUGUGUGUGAUUACUUCUUGUUUAUUAUCACCCUCUGCUGGUUGUAAAUGGAAUCACGCCCAGGGGCCUCCGUUUUAGUCUAACCCCGUGAAUCCAGAGGAGGCUCGUGGCUUUCCUCUCCUAUCUCUCCUUGUCUUUUUGUAAUAAUAUUUAAGAGAGAGAGAUGUGCUUGGGGGGGCGGGGGGGGGGGGGGGGGUCUGAUCAUCACACCUUCACCCCCCCUAGAGGAGACCAGCUCCCAGACCAGCAACAAGAUCAGGAAGAAGAAGCCAUUUUAGUCUUUUGAGAUUCACCCCAAGGUGACGAGGUCUUUGUCCCUCUCUCACACACACCCUGAGAGGCGGAGAUUAGCUGUGUGUGUGUGUGUGGGGGAGGGGGGGGGGGGUGAGAGAUUGAGUGAGUGAGAGAAAGAUUAUUGAGACACAGAGGUCCAGCUUACUUUCUGAAUACUCCACCCAUGACUUCUAAAACAGAAAGUAACAGGAAUAUGAGCUUGUAAUGGGGCUUUUAAAUGUUAAAACCAGAACAA